AUGGACACAACGCCCGACCAGCCGGCAGAGGAGACAUGGUCUGAUAUUCCCGAGGAGAUCAUGUCGCUGAGCUCAGACGAGAUCCUCACGCGUAUACGACUUAUUGAGAAUGACCUGAAAGUUAUGCGCUCAGAGACGCUGCGGCUACAGCAUGAGCAGAAUGUCAUGAAGGAGAAGAUACGUGAUAACGGGGAGAAGAUUAAACAGAACAAGGUGCUGCCAUAUCUUGUAGGGAAUGUCGUCGAAAUCUUGGAUGUAGAUCCAGAGGGCGAGGAGGACGGUGCUAACCGUGACCUAGACUCAAUGCGCAAAGGGAAGUGCGCUGUCAUCAAGACUUCAACACGACAGACCGUCUUCCUGCCUCUCAUUGGUCUCGUACCCGCCGAGCAACUCAAGCCCGGCGACCUUGUUGGUGUAAACAAGGAUUCUUACCUCGUCCUCGACACCCUACCUGCUGAGUUUGACUCCAGAGUCAAGGCGAUGGAGGUCGACGAGCGACCAACCGAGACUUACACCGAUAUCGGUGGUCUCGAGAAGCAGAUUGAAGAGCUCGUGGAGGCUAUUGUGCUUCCUAUGGAGCAGGCCGACAAGUUCAAGACACUGGGCAUAACGCCGCCGAAAGGUUGUUUAAUGUACGGGCCACCAGGCACUGGGAAGACGCUUCUUGCCCGUGCUUGCGCUGCCCAGACCAAGGCCUGCUAUCUCAAGCUCGCCGGUCCGUCGCUAGUGCAGAUGUUCAUCGGUGACGGUGCAAAGUUGGUACGCGAUGCGUUUGAGCUGGCGAAGGAGAAGGCACCUGCCAUCAUCUUCAUCGACGAGCUCGAUGCUAUUGGCACCAAGCGAUUCGACUCGGAGAAGAGCGGUGACCGAGAAGUGCAACGGACAAUGUUGGAGCUUCUAAAUCAGUUGGACGGCUUCAGCAGUGACGAGCGAAUCAAGGUCAUCGCCGCAACAAACCGUAUCGACAUCCUGGACCCUGCCCUGCUCCGAUCAGGGCGCCUGGACCGCAAGAUUGAGUUCCCACUGCCGAACGAGACGGCGCGCGCGCGCAUUCUAGAAAUCCAUUCGCGUAAGAUGGCCGUCGAGAAUGUCAAUUUCGAGGAGCUUGCACGAAGCACUGAUGAGUUUAACGGUGCGCAACUAAAGGCGGUGUGCGUGGAGGCGGGUAUGAUCGCUCUGCGGGAGGGUGCGACGAAGCUCAACCACGAGCACUUCUUGAGUGGUAUCGCUGAGGUCCAGAGCAAAAAGAAGAACGACCUCGUGUACUUCAUAUAG